AUGGCUGACCUCGAUGUCAACGAAGACGUGAAGCGAAAUGCUUUCACUGUCAAGAAUUACCGGGACAAGUAUCCUGCUAUUGACCCUUCUCGACCAGAGCUGGCUCAAACGGGCAAGGUAGUCGUCAUCACUGGUGGGAGUCGUGGUCUAGGACGCUUGGCCUUCGCAGCUUCAUUUGCUCGAGCUGGAGCAGCAGUCAUUGCACUCAUCGGCCGCUCAGCGAGUGGCCUGGAAGAAACGGAGAAGUUCAUCAACGAUAUUGACCCCAGUAUCAAAGUCCUUCGCUUUGCACUCGACAUCACGGAUCAGACAGCUGUGGAAACUGCAUUCAAGGAUAUCACCGCACAGGCCGGUGUUCCGCAAGUCCUGAUCAACAACGCGGGUAAUCUCUCUCCACUCGAGAGCACAUUUGACUCAUCGUUGGAUUCAUGGUGGGAAUGCCAGGAAAUCAACAUCAAAGGAACUUACAACGUCACCAAAGCCUUUCUAAAAGAAACCGGAGCUACGCCUACCAAAUCAACCACGAUUGUCACCAUCACUUCCCUCGCUGCUCAUGGAACUGCACCCGGUAUGGGAGGAUACUCCCUCGCAAAGUUGGCCCUGACAAAGCUCACGGCUUACGUUGCUUCCGAGCAUCCCUCCAUUACCUCCGUCAGUCUUGACCCGGGUAUCGUGCCAACGGAUAUGGGUCGCAGUGUGCCAUUCCUUGCACCGUUUAUGCUCGAUACUCCCGAGCUGGUGGGAGGUGCUGCUGUGUGGUUGUCGAGUGGCGAUAAAAGCUUUCUUUCGGGAAGAUAUGUGUCUUCUAAUUGGGAUGUUGAAGAGAUUGAGUUGCGGAAAGGGGAAAUCGUGGAUGAGGACCAGUUGAAAUUCAAAAUUAAGGCUAAUUAUGCGGCGAACGCGACCGUUGAAAAUGUCGAAAUGAUUUAG